AAGGACAUAUGAUGUACAAUGAGUGUCAUGUUGAAAAACGUAAAUCUUAAAGAUUCUGAUAAUAGGUCAACAUUAUAAUUUUCUGCUUUGCAUGAAUAUUUCCGGAUUCUUUUCAGACUGGAACAUCUGGCAACGGUAAAAACAACUCCGACCAUUGAUUUAAAAUUACAAUUCAUGCACUUGUGUUUCCCGGAUAAUCUAGGUUUGUUGCAUGUGCGCCCAAGAACAACACUCGCGAUUUUGACUUUGAUGAGUAAACCCCCUUUGUGGAAGUCUGACGUCAGUGCGCUAACUAGUCUAAUUUGACCACGUUGUAGGAGUCAAUUAACGUCAGAAAAUGUAAACAUCUAGUUUUGUCUUUGAAAAAGAAAGUUACUGGAGCAGAAAAGACUGCAUGCCAGAAACAGAAAAUAGUCGAGGCCAGGAAGAGGAGGAUUAAGAUGUGGAGGUACGGGCUCCCUGGCUAUGAGCUGAAGCUCAUUGGGGAACUCCAAAAGCAGCAGCACAGCAGCCUCUACUGUGACACCCUGCUGCAGUCUGAAGACGUCUCAGUUCCAGCCCACAGCUGUGUCCUGGCGGCCCUGAGCCCCUACCUGUCCAGGGCCCUGGCCGCAGACCCGCCCCCACUACGCGUUGGCCAGAGACGGUCGCUGAAGCUCCACACUGUGGGGGCUCGGACACUGCUCAAGCUGGUGGGCCUCUUCUACUCCGGGAGGCUGGAGGGAGAGGGCACCGAGGAGCGCGAGGAGGUGAUGGCCGCGGCCUGUAAGCUGGGCGUAGGUUGCCUUGUGGAGGGGGGAGGGCACGGGUGGAGGACGGGAUGUGGUCUCAGGGAGGCGGGCGUGCAGACAGAGCAUUCGGGGAGGGGGACCGACGUGGCGGUGGGGACGGGGGCGGAGGAGAGGAGAGACGGAGAGACACAGGUGGAGGCAGGGACCCUCGUGGACUCGGAGACACAGACCGCCGACAACGAAGGGGGUGAUGACGCAAUACCGCAAACCCCACUGCCUGACGUCCUCCCUUCGAUAUCUCCCUGUCCGCCCUCUCCUCCAUGCCCACCCCUGCUCCCGACACCGAGCGGCAGUGAGGCGUCCUCUGGCGUCCUGAAGGAUGGCCGUGCCCCGAGCGGCUAUCCCAGGCCGCUCCAGUCGGGGAGUGGCGACCCAGAAUGCUCUGUGGCAGUGAACAGUGUGACUGAGAGAAGGGUGCAGACUAUGACGUGGGGAAAGAAGAGGAGGCAGAAGCAGCUGAUGUCACACACUGGGCAAGGAGAGGGAGGAAGAACAGGAAGAAGGCCGUGUUUGGUUAAGAGAGGUGUGCUGGAGAGAAGGUGCCUGGCCAGACUGAAACAGAUGGAUACCCAGAACUCAAUCAAGGUGAAGCUGAGGAGGAGGACCAGAGGACAGGUGUGGGAGGUGGUAAAUUGGAGGGAGAGGGUUGGCAACGUCCCAUCAUCUGCCCGUGCGACUGUCCUCGCCGCGUUGAAGUCACGGCAGGACAAGAGGACAAGCCCAGGAACUAACCAGUGCUUUGAUUCACCCCAGUCUACAGUCCUCUCCCAGGGUAGCCCCCCUACACCAGUCCCGCCCCAGGGUACUCCCCUAAAACCAGUCCCCUCCCAGCAUACUCCCCUUAAACCAGUCCUCCUCCGGGGUUCUCCUCUUGGCCCUGCCUUCCUCACCCCUCCACCAGACCCACCCAUAUCUCCUUUAGCUCCACCCCUCUCCCAGCCACCCCCCCUCGGUGCCCCCAUCCAGCACCUGACCCCACACCCCACCCAGGAUCCCCAGCAUGGCUUCCCCCAGCCUCAGGUGGAGGAAUCAGAAGAGGAGAUCGAGAAGAUGCUGGAAGACAUCAUGAUGGGGUUGAACAUACUGCCCCCCAGGGUUCCGCAGAGGAACUGCGACCAGCACCACCUCCACCGUGACGGCGGACCGCCUGUCUGCUUGUGCCUCCCCGGCCACGCAGCGCCACGGCACUGUGAGGAGCGCGGCACUGUUUGCUCGGCUACGCGUUGCGUGUGUUCCCAUCGCUACACAACAGAAAGCGAGGAUGCGUUGGCGAAGGGAACAGCCUUUCACUCCAUCACCUCCUCCCAUUUCGCCACCACAACAUCUGCCACCUGCACUUUCACCCCCGACCUUCACGUGGAGCCGCACCCUCUGAACCCUCACAGCCUCCUGUGCUGUGGUCACGGCCCCGCAGACCUGGCCAAAUUUGACCGGGCUCCCUGUUAUUCAGGUGCGCUCCGGUGCUCGUCUGGUCACUCCCGGAAUCAUGAGGAACUCCGGAACACUCAAAACCGUGAAUUUCAGCCCCGGAACUCCCAGAACCAGGUGGUUGCAUGCGAUGGCGGUAGCAGCGCCGUAGCUGUCGACUCUGGUCUUUCACUUGGGCCUCUUCAGCUAGAUCAGGCCCUCCCACAUUGCCGGGCCUCUCUAUCAUACACAAGGGAAAGGGAUCUAGAUCCGUCCCGGCUGGCUUCUGCAGCCCAUUCCGAAGUUUUGUCAACCGCAAGGGAGCCUGAUUGCCCAUCGAUCAGUGGUGAGACCUUUGCAAGUCCAGGGAAAGGAAGAACUCCCCCAAGUCAAGCCAAUGGUGACGCCAUUCCAAGUUAUAGGCAUGCCGGAAAAAAACUGGUAAUUCCACAAGAAAAAGAACCAAUGAUGUCCACCCACAGUGUCCCUUCCCCUGCUGAAACAGAACCACAACACACAGGACUACAUUUCCCAGGAAGAUUUGUAGGGCAGCGUCAAGGAAGUGGAAUCCAGCCUUCCCAACUCAGUCCUGCACAUUGGAAGGAGCUAUUCCUGCCAAAACAUCUCUCACCCAUCCAUUCGCCAGAACCCCCACUACCACCUUCUCCAGUGAAACGUUUCACUAAAGUUCCUGCCACUCCGUCCCAUAGAGUGCCUCAGCUUUCAAAGCUACCAAAUUGGCUUUCCCCCAACAUGGCAAAACUACAGUUUCCCUUGGGCUCCAUGCUUCACUCGCCACAUUGCCAAGGAAACCAGUGCCCAUCUGAGAAAGAGCAGCUGACCGAUGGACAGGGCAAGAUGGCUAGCAUUCACUGCAAAUCACAAUAUGCAGGUAAAAAGGAGAGCAAGAAGAGGAUUAGGAAGAUUGUCACGGACACCAGUGAGACGCAAAUGUUGGAGAAACCCAGAGCCAAGACAAAGAAAAGAGACGUGGAUGAAACGUGGAAUUCCCCUAGGAACCUAGCGACGGCCCGUGUAAGGAGGAACCGGGCUGAGGAGAAACAACCAGAGAACGAUGACACAACGGAGCAUCCUCUGAAAAAGAGGAGAUGCAGUCUCUCUAUACAGGAUGAAGCCGUUGUAAAAGAAAGUCCUUCAGUGAGUGCUGCAAGUUUGAAGCGCAAGCAUAGGGAAAACCCCAUGAAUGGACGGGUUAAAAUUGGUCUCUGCUCUGUCAGUCUGUCGAGCAACAAUAUCUUAGCCAGGGAUGAAUUAGGAAGGUUCCCCUUCGACACCUCCACAUUGUCUUCAUACAGCCUCGAUGAGGAAGCCAAAGGACCUUUGAAGGAAACAAAGAGGCUGAGGAAGAGAACUGACAACCCAGCAAAGGUGCUCCGAGCCAGGGAUGGCGAUGUGAAAAGUCUCCCUAUCAUUUGCACCAGAGUCAGGAGGCUCUCCUCUGUGAAACUCCACCAAGAAGACAAGAAGCCUGACAUCGCUUCUGAAACUGGGUUGCAUCUGAUCCCAACACCACUACCAUCCCAGAAACGAAAACGAGGUAGACCCCGGAAGAUACAACCAAGUGAAGAUCAGCUUUCCACUGCUACUGGUUUAGUUCCCCUUGUCGAAAUGGCAACGGGCAGCAAUAACGGUGAAGAAGUUGAGUGCAAAAAGGAAAAAGGAGAGUUGAAUGGAAAGGGACACGAGAGCGGGAGAAAACACUUUGCGGGGCUGUUCAAGAGUCUACCCUCCCUUCCUGAACCUAAAACUGAUUUUCACAAUCUUAACCAGCAGAGAGCUCAUCCCAGUGUUUUUGAUCCUUCCAACUCACUCGAGUACAGAACAGUCUGGAGAGACUAA